AACAUCAGUGUGAAUUUCCGAGAUUUAGGGGCAAUAUCACGCUCGUUUAUAUGUAUGUGCUAGAUACUUACAAUUAAUAAAAUUAAAUUUAUACAAUGAUAAUUAAAGGUGAAGUGGCUUGUGGCGCUGUGGAGACUGAUAUCAACCCGAUUGCAAUCCGACUCAUCAAUUAUAGUUUAUCUGGUUCUGAUUAAAGUUUUAACUUUCCGGAGUGAAAAGGAGACGCUUAAUACAAAUUACUUCAUGAUUGAAGGAUAUGACUUCAUGAUUAGUAGUGUUUCAGUUCAUUUUCCGCAAGCAGUUUGAAACGUCUUCGGAAAAACCAGCAGAGAAAUGAUUUUAAGGUGUUCCUUCAUUUUAAGGAAAUAAACAGUUUAACCAGAUAUCAGUGAAAAUUACGGUCGUUUUCCUACAAUACGAGUCCUAAAAAUCAUGUCUCUGAGAACGGUAGUUUGCUUAAAUAUAAUAACUUUAAUCUGCUUCCUGUCCACUUUGCUAUAUAUUUUAUUUCCAAAUGUGUUUACGCCCACUCUAGAUGCGACAUUAACUGGAGUUAAUAAAAAUGUCGUUCAAACAAGGGAAAAUAUUGCGAGAACUGUUUCUACAACUGCAAGUAAACCCCCGUUGAGCCGAAAAAUGAAAGCUGAUAAUAGCACUAAAAAUCAGAUAAACAAACACUACACUUUUAGAGAUUUUCAAAAAUCUGUUUGCGUUAAGCGAUUUAAGCCUGCUGAAAAUUCAGUUUACCAUGAGGAAAAGAAGCCCUGUCCUACAAAGGGCAUUGUUACAAUUGUACCCGUUGGACGCACCGGUAACCAAAUGUGGGAAUAUUCGUCAAUAUGGUCGAUAGCUAAAAAUACCGGAUUGCAGCCAUAUCUUCCUCUAUGUCUGAAGUUAAAGCUUGAGGAAGUAUUUGAAAAAAUGCCAUUUCCAUCACUGGAAGCAAUAGCUGAUUGUCCGUUUAACCCUAAUUCAGCGGUGGAUUCUUCAGCCAAAUUGUCGAAAACUAAACAAAACAUUAUCAUUCCACGUGCCAAGUUUUACAUAGAUGAAUCCAGGCCUUAUUUAAAGGAAAUUGUAAAGGAAUUUAGGUUUAAAAGAGAGUUUGUAGAUUAUGCUCAGAGCACUUUGCGGGAAUUGAAAUCCAAAUUGCCGCCUAAACAUUAUACUUUUAUCGGAGUCCACGUUAGACGAACAGACUACGUAAAUUAUCUGAAAACCUCGUACCACUCAAAACCAGCAACUUCGCAGUAUUUCCAAAACGCAAUGAACUAUUUCAAAAAGAAAUUUUCCAAUUGCAUUUUCAUAUAUGUCAGUGAUGAUCCUACCUGGUGUUUCAACCAGUUUGGUAAUCUGAAGGACGUGUUUGUUCCAUCUUAUAAAACAAAUAGCAGUGCAGCGGACGAUCUUGCUCUAAUGGCAGCUUGCAAUCACACAAUUUUCGAUUAUGGAACUUUUGGAGAAUGGGGAGCUAUUUUAGCGGGUGGACAUGCAAUUUUUUACAAUGGCAAACGAAAUCAACCCAGAAGAACACAGAAAUUUAAAAAUUGGAUUAUGAUGAAAUAAAAAAGUCAGCACCAAAUAUGCAAGAAGUACUUGACUGAUUCACAGUCGCACAUAUACACUACCUAUUUUGUGUAGAUCAUUGUUAAGUGUGUGUGUGUGUGUAGACUUAAUGUUAAGUAAAAAUUGAAAUCAUAUAUUCUACAUCGAGAAAUGUAAAAUUGCAAUGGGUAAUGAAAUGAUUGUAGACUGUUAACUCCAAUAAAACGAAAUUUUAUAUUGAAAA